GCCAUCCCCAGCGGGAUCCCCGUGGCCACUGAGACAAAGGUUCGAUUGUGUGCCAGCUCAGUUCUGCGCAGGCAGAACUUCCCCAGCAAGGAGGAGGUGGGCGGUGCGGAGAAGGCUGCCCAGGAAAUGGCUGCACAGACAGCAGCCUCCAACACCCCGGAGACGAGUUCCGAG